AUGCAGUUCAAGACCAUCUUCGCCGCUGUUGCCACCCUCGCCGCCGUCGCUUCGGCCCUCCCCACCUCCUCUUCCGAGCAGAACGGCAACGGCCAGUGUGCUGUCGGGCAGGCUCAGUGCUGUUCGCAAGUCAAGGAGGGCAAGCAGGCUCAGGACGCCCUUGCCGGUCUCGGUCUCGCUUUCAACGAGAUCCUUGACGGCGCUAUCGGCCUCGACUGCCAGCAGAUCCCCGUCGGUGUCCUCGGCGGUGCCGUCGCUGUCCAGAACACCUGCAAGAACACCGCUGUCUGCUGCCAGGGCUCCGCCAACAACGGCCUGAUCCAGACCUCGUGCACUCCUCUCAGCGUCAACUAA